UUAACCGGGAAACCUGCUGGCAUUACAAUGCUUCAAAGAAUUGGAAGUGGGAUGUUUCUAUCUAUUUUAACCAUGGUGAUUGCAGGUUUAGUUGAGAUGAAACGGCUUAAAACUGCUGAAGAAUAUGGAUUGAUUGAUAAGCCGAAUGUGACAAUUCCAAUGAGCGUAUGUUGGUUGAUUCCUCAAUAUGUCGUAACUGGUGUUUCAGAGGCUCUCACAAUGGUUGGUCUUCAGGAAUUCUUCUAUGAUCAAGUUCCUGUUGAAUUAAGGAGUGUUGGACUAUCUUUAUAUCUAAGUAUUUUUGGUGUUGGCAGCUUUCUUAGCAGCUUUCUAAUAUCUGUGAUUGAGAAAGCAACAAGUGAAGAUGGGCACGAAAGCUGGUUCGCUAAUAAUCUGAACAAGGCACAUCUUGAUUACUUUUAUUGGCUUCUUGCUGGAUUCAGUACUGCAGGAUUGGCUGUUUACAUGUAUUUUGCAAACUCAUACAUUUAUAAUAACAGGGAUGCUGACUACAAAGGGCGUCCAGUGUACAGAGCCAGCUCUGGUGGGUGGGAUCAGCGUACUUCAUUAUUGGUGUUAAUGGCUGCAGAGUUCGCUUAUUAUGGAAUUGGCUCCAACCUUAUCCUAUUUGACUGGACAUCGGGUCAGUCCACGGCAACUGCGGCAGAGAACGUCAACAUCGGGGCUGGGCUUGUUGACUCUAUCGGCUAUGGUUACCUUCUGUCAGCUCUGGAAAGAAUUUCCAAGUGCUGGUACCUAUUUGCCUACUUGUCUAUUCUAUUCCAAGAAAGCUUAAUUGCUCUUGGAUUCGGAAUCACCUUGCAUGUCAAUGGCACUAGCAUGCUAGUUUCAUUGUCGGAACUAGGACUUAUCGCAGGCAUAAAGGGAAUAGAAAAAUCCCUUUUAAGAAUUGGGAAAGUCUUUGCUGUUGCAGUCAAGAACUGGAGGCGGACUAUGCUCCUGGUUUGGCUCUUAAGUGAAGAAGUGGAAGCUCAUGGAAACUUACCUCAUGAAAUUCUGGGCAUUCCAAGGCUCUCACAAUGCUUUCUUCAGCUUUCUAAAUGUGUGAUUGAGAAAGCAAAAGUGAAGAUGGGCAACGAAAGCUGGUUCGCUAAUAAUCUGAACAAGGCACAUCUUGAUUACUUUAUUGGCUUCUUGCUGGAUCAGUACUGCAGGAUUGCUGUUUACAUGUAUUUGCAAACUCAUACAUUUAUAAUAACAGGGUAA